UGAAGAACCUCUGUCCAGCUCCCCCAUUCCACCGAGACUCCCCUCUCCAAACUGCCGGCAGUGGUGUGUGCUGAGUAAGAUGGCGGCGGUGAAGCGGCGUGAGGGCCUGAGGUUCCCGGCUCGGCCCAGCCUCCCCGCCCCGGGCUCGGCUUCCGCCCCCGCUGCACUGCCCCUCUCCCGGGUCAAACUCAUCAUGAAGAGUUGCCCCGACGUCUCGAGUAUCAACCAGGACGCCUUGUUCCUCACUGCCAAGGCCACGGAAUUAUUUGUGCAGCACCUAGCCACAUGUGCAUACAAAAGCAGCAGUUCAGAAAAGAAGGAAUUAACAUACAAUCACCUGGCUGACUGUGUGGAGAACUCUGAAACAUUCCAGUUUCUGGCUGAUAUCUUACCAAAGAAGAUCUUAGCAAGCGAAUACCUCAAGAUGCUCGAGGAGGAGAAAGAAGGAGGAGGUGGUGAUGCAGAAGGCAAUGAUGAAAAUGACGAGGAUGACGAGGAGGAUGAAGAUGAGGAUGAAGAGGAAAAUGAGUCCUAAAGGAAGUUGCAAAGUGCCUUUUCACUAUACCAGCAUCUAACUGGCGAUUGUACAAAAGCUGCAAUAUAUAGCAAAUCUCAUUGCCAAGACUAUUGUGUACUUUGGGAUUAUUCGACACAAACCUGCAUAUGCAAAACUUGUAAAUUCCAAAGUAUAGGUAACUGUGAAGAAGUGAGUAAUGAUCAAAUAGGAAGUCUGGAGUUAACGUUAACAGUUCCUUCAGUUCAAUGAUAGGAAACUGCUGUUUUUCUUUUUGAAAAGACGAGUUUUUUGUCUUCCUAGUUGUGUUAUUGGUAAAUAACAGGACAAAUUUGGUAUGAUAUUGUGUAAAUAUGUGAAAUAUACUUUUGUAUGUUUGGAAAAAUAAAGAGACAAAUGUA